GGAACGUCGGAGCAGUGGCCAGUGCUGGUUUGGGGACUUUCCAGGGAAGCCCUAAAUUGAUGACCAUGAGUGCUGCCAACCCCCUUUAUAAAGCAGACUAUGGGAGCUGGUGAAUCACACGGCCAUCAAUUCCAUCCUGGUACAGGACAAGAUGAAGGCAGCGCUCUGCGUGGUCGCAAUGUUGGCAGCUCUGUGGAUCUGCUGUUUCAAGCAAGCUGCACCCGCCCCGGCUUCAAUCAUAACGCUAGAAUGCUGUGAGAGGUUUAGGACCACGCCCAUUCCUCGCAAGAGGCUUAAGAGCUACACGGAAGCUCUCUUGUGCCCGACACCUGCUGUCAUAUUCACCAACAAGAGGAAUAUGAAGAUUUGCGCGAGAGCCAAGGAGGAAUGGGUUAAAGAGUCAGUGGAGUACCUGGACAGGAAACACCAGGGUGGCAAAGAUGAAGUGAAACCUCCAGACUUCAACGAGGUCUCAAGAGCUAGUUUUGAACGUGGGUUCAAUUCUUCCCGGCUCCCGAAUGGAGGUGAAACUUCAGCAUUGACUCGGGAAGCUGACGCUGGUGCCCAGUGA